CAGUAUUUAUUUACACUUCAUUCUAUAAAGACGUGACAAUGUCGAAAGAUAUACAAGGAACUACCGUGAUAGUGACCGGCGGCGCGAGCGGCAUCGGUCUCGCGAUCGCUGACGCGUUCCUCCAGCACGGCGCCCACCGCCUCAUCCUCCUCGACCUCAACGCCCAGCAGGCGGACCAAGCUACCGCAACUCUAAACUUCAAGCACGGAAACAAGGCUACGUUCAUUCAAUGUGACGUCACUAAAGACUUAGACAAAGUUACGAAAGUAAUUUUAGACACGUAUAAAAGAGUAGACGUCUUGGUGAACAGUGCUGGUAUUGUAAACGAAAGGAAUCCGAGGAAGGUGAUCGAAAUAAACUUAACAGCGGUCAUAGAAUGGUCAUUGAAAUACUUGGAAAUUACGAGGACUGACCGUGGUGGAAAAGGCGGCACUAUAAUCAACAUGUCGUCAAUAUACGGUUUUAUGGUGGAUCCAUAUUUAACUGCUUAUAAAGCUUCUAAAUUUGGCGUCCUUGGUUUUACGAAGAGUAAGGGGCAUAUGUAUAAUUUCAAGAAAACGGGCGUGAGAAUUUUUGCUAUCUGUCCAGGAAUUACGUCCACGAAUCUUGUCACUGAUUACAAAACUUGGGAAGCUGAGGAGAAUCAAGAGGACUUUGUAGCAAUGUUCAAUGGGAUGCCGUGGCAGGAUGCGAACAGGGUGGGACAGGGAGUUGUAGACGUGUUUCAGAAGGCUGAUAGUGGAACAGCUUGGUUGAUACAAGGCGAAGAACCCAUUUCUGAAGUGUAAAGUUGAUUUUCGUCGUUUAUACAUACAUAUAUGGCAAAUAUUUACUUAUAAAUUAUACUUAGUUAUUUUAAAUGGGGUAGGGUCCCAUAUACAUAUAAUAUGUAUUAGAAAUUUGAAAGUAACUCUGUCUGUCUGCUGAUACCUCUUUAUGCUUAAAGCGCUGAACUUAUUUAGGUGAAAGUACAUAGGAUAGUGUAGCGAAACGCUACAUCUGUGGCUUCAGU